UGUGUGGGAUCUGGCAGCCACACACUGAAGGAACACCUCUAUCUGCAUGAACUGGUAUUUAGAGCUCAGGGUUGCGUGUGUUGGAUGGUGCGUGUGAGUGUUUUGGUUAUAUGACUAACUGAUCCUCAGGCAAGACAUGAAUGAGCGGACUAAUUCAGUUUGAAACAUAUUUAAUCUUCAUAAAACUUGAUGAAAAAAACUUGUAUCCUGUGAAAAUCAAGUCAGAUUUUUUUCUUAUCACUGAGGCACAUCUGAAAGCAACAGAAAUAUAUAUAUACAUAUAUACUGUAUAUAUCACGUACUUUCAAAAGUUUUGAAUUUCCGAGGAGUUAGUGAACGCAGCAUUUCCUAGCAACGACCGUUUGGUAGAGUAGAUUUCUCUGGAAACUUGGUACGAAAAUAAGGUGAACGGGGGAUUGAAAAACAGAAAAUAAGAAAUUUUAAGACUACAACUAUACAAGAUAACGACUAAUGCGUCAGUAUGACUGAUAAAAACACUUCUGACGAAAAAGAAACAUCUGUAUAUCUGGCACAGAUUAAAUGUCUGGAUAAGAAGUUGGAGAGGUAUGAAGGUACUAACGUCAUGCUAACGUUUAACUACAUUUUGUAAAUGACUUUCAGUACAUUGUUUCUACGUCUCUCUCUUCGUGCUGCAGGUGUCAGCUGAAAUGUGACGAGCUGGAGAAGCAGAAUAAGAACCUCGUCCUCUUGUGCAGGGUGCUGGAAGAAGACAAGGAAGACAUCAGUGAGUUCCUGAAACACUCCAGAGCUGAAAAGGAGAAGAUGGUGGAUGAGCUAAGUGAGGAGGUGGAGAUUCAGCAGAAGGUCACAGAGCAGAGUCUAGAUGAGCUGAAGCUGCAGCAGAGCCGACAGGCACAAGAACUACAGGAGCAGGUUGACGAACAGAGCUUACUGAACGAGAAAUACGGUGAGACUGCAUGUUGAUGAGUGUCAAAUGUGUCUUCAGUGGCUUUGCUUAACAUAAACAUCUCAUUGUUUAAUCUUCCCAAUCUUUGGAGUCCCUAAAACUGAAGGCCUACAACUAUUUUAAGACGAAUAUUUUCUCUGCUUGAAAUUAUCAAUUUAUUUUGUCAAUAUACUGAAAGAUUUCCAGAUUUGUGAGCAGUUGACCUCAGUGUAGGAUAUAAUACAAGACUUUAAUCUAAAAAAAAUCUGUUAUGUACAAUUAAGGGUGUUGGAUCUUCUGAGUGCUGUUAGAGGCGAUAACAACACACUCAUCUCCACACUUGGGUUUUGAUGUUGUUAAUGUAUCCAUAGUGUCGAGCUGAAAAGGGGCAUAUUGCCAUCUAACAUAGUGGAUACUGUUAUCAUACAUACAGAUAUAUUAUGUACACUUAAUGUAACCCAUAGUACUAUUGAAAAUGCUGGGAAACAAAACCCUCCAUCAUUGUGAGCCCUGAGCCUGUGCCCAAAGACAAGGUGGUUGUAGUUUGGUGUUAUGUGUGUGAGUUUCAAGUGCAGUGUGUUUCUGCCAUCCAGUCUGCUGCAGAGCAAAGAUAUUGAACUUUGAACUUUUGACAGCGCAUAAAGUUUGAGCAUCCUCUUCCCUCCUCCCCUCACCAGCUGCACAGUUUGAGGAGCAGCGGCGGCAGAUUGAGCUGCUGGAGCAGCAGCUGUGUGACAUGGAGUCUCCAGAAGAGCAGUCUGGUUCUGAAGAAGAGUGUGAAUUCCAGAGUGCCGUCAAGGCUCUGGAAGACAAAACAGAGUCCGAGCUGACCAGGUGAAGUCUGACAGUCUGAAGGAAGGUUGGUUUUGAUGGUAAACUUUGUCCUGAUUUUUCACUCUCCUCUGACCACAGCCUGAAGGAGGAGUUACAGCAGUCCCUGGAUAUGUGGUCAAAGACAAGGAUCUCGGAGAUUGUUCAGGAGGAGAGGGCUCAGCACAGCGUUUUAUUACCAAAGCUGCUGCAGCUGUUUGAGGAGGUUCAUGAGCUAGAGGUGGAGAGAGAGAUGAUAGCAGACAGGAAGGAGGAGCUUUACUUACAGAUAGAUGAUCUGAAGCUGGAGGCUGUGAGGAAGGAGGAGAAGAUCUGCACCAUUAAGGAGGUAUCUGCAUAUUAGUUUUGUUCAAAUGCUGUCACCAUUUACAACAGGCUGACACUGAAGAACAAGGUUUUGCUUUUGUGUUCAAAGGCUUCCGCUAUGUGAGCGACUGAAGGAGAUACCUGGAUACAAACAAAAUGAAGCUGAAUUGUUUAAAUUAUUCUUCAAUUUUACCAACGUCAUCAAUAUGUCACUUUUAACAUGAGAAACUACCUCUGUUGAACAUGUCAGGACUCUGAGAUUUUAGCUUUCUCUAUUAGUAUUAAGUAAAAUGUUAGGUGUUUAUGGCUUUUUUUUAUAUGAGACUGAAGAGUUCAUUUUUUUAAAUGUAUGUCUUAAAAUCUUAGAAGAGAUCCAAAAUUAGGGUCAGUUUUAGAAAAAUACAUUUCCGCAAGAAGGUGAACUCAGGGCUGUGAAUUCCCUCAUAUACCUCAGAUAUUUUUGUAAAAAAUAAUUACAAUUUUUUUUAACAAUUAAGUGAAUGAAUUAAGAACAUUUAGGCUUAUUAAGAUUUGCAGCAGUGUCCCUCCACUACAUCCUCAGCUGUGAGUGCCACAUGGUCACCUGAGAGCUGAGACCUGAAAAGAAAUAUAUAUUCAAAUUGUGCACCUGAGCCUUUUCAAAACAAAAAGCUAAUACCAGAAUAUCUUUCAAAAGAAAAAAAAAAUCUGAUUUUAGAGAGAAAAGCAUUCAGCUUAUGUAUUUCAUCAGCACCUGUAACACAAUGAGCCCUCUGUAACUUUUUUUUCCAAGCUCAAAGAUCAUCCAAACUGAUUUAGUCUUUUCCUCCUUCAGGAAGGGACGCUGCGGAUGCAGAUGUGCCAGAAGCUGGAGUUGAAGAUGAAGCAGCGCACCAGGAUCAGGCAGUUCAUUCUGGCCCAGACCGAGGAUGUCAGGUAAAGGUUUCGUCUGUUUUUGCUGACUACAACUGAAAUCAAAGAUUUGUAACUAAAUCAGCUUAUAUAGACAAUGAUGUCAAACUUGACUUAUUUAUGUGGAUUUAUGCGUCUCAGAUAGUACAGCUAAUCCGGCAGAGUGUGUGAUCAGAUUAGCGUCUCCAGCAACAGUCUGCUACUGGGAAAUAACAGACCUCUGGGUGCUGAAAGCCACCAAUCCGAUUUGAAUUUUAAGAUUAAAAAAAAAAAAACAGAGUAUUUGGUUCCAAAAUAACAUUUAAGAGUUUCUUCUUUUCUCAAACCCAAACUUCCACUUUGACCUGCUGAUAGUUUGGAUCAUCUGUUAGCAGAAGACUCUUCAUCUGUAUUGAAACGCUCUGCUUCUGAGUUAUACCCUCACUCUCAUGUUUUCAGUCAAAACCUGAACUCAGCACAAGAGGAGCUUUGUCUCAAAAGAGAUGAGGUCAUCAAGCUGGAGAAGAAGCUGGAGGAAGAGAAGAUCAUGGUGGGUCAGCUGGAGGAUGACAUGAAGGACGCAGUUUUCAUCCUCAGAUACACCCUUAAGGUAAAACCAUAAAACAAACCACAGAGCGAGUGUCAGAGGUGGACAUAGUCUCUGGUUACACCAGCAAAGUUAGUGUGGAAAUAUCUUCUUUAAUGUCCAUCAGGGGGCAACAGCACCAGUUAAAAAAACAGAUUGUCUGAGAUUAACAACAAAACCUCAGCUCUCACUUGAUGUUUACCUCAGUAAAUAUUUCCAUAGUGAUAAUAUUGUAGCAGAGACCACCACCUUCUCAUCCCAACCCCCCAAAAGAAUGUAAGGCAUACAUCUGCUCACCGGAGACAAGAUGGUGUAAACCUUUAACACCAAAUCACAAUCCCUCUACAACCUCCUGUCUCUAUACAAGAUAACCACAGAAGCAUUCCCAAAGCACAAACUUUCUUUCCUUUCUACUUCAAAGAGACAAAGACACUGUUUAUGGCCAGCAGGAAAGAACUACAGGACCACUCGAUCAGAUAAACAUCUGUCAUCACACCUUGACUGGGAAGCGUCAGGUUUAUCAGCUCAGCCAUAAAUCAUAACUUUGGUUGAUCUUUCCUGUGCUCUCUGUGAGUACAAUCCAAAGAGAAUAACAACAACUAGUCCAAUUACAGGUUGGAUGGACACUAAACCAUGAUCUUCUGUCAGUACUCAACAUGUGCAGUAAAACUGUCUUUCUCCCAUUUGCCUAUCAUGUUCAUAAACCAAGAUCCCGCACUGACAGAAUAAAUCCUUCAGUCCUAAGGUUCCUUGAGAUCAACAACUUUCCAAACUAUUUUAUGAACUUUUAAGAGCUGAAGUUAUUAUGUUUGAAUUACAACCCGUUAAUCCAAUAGGAAUAGUGUAGAAAUGUUUAGUUUAUCUCUUAAUCAUUUGUUUAGCUUUGUUAACCGUUAGGUAGUUAUACUGUUAGUUAAUAAUCUGAAUGUUGGUUUGUAGAAUCCAUUAUUAACUGUUACGAAGUUCAUUUACAUGUGUUUACCCUUGUGUUGUUCACAGUUCAUAUGUGUUACUAUCUGUUUCAUUUCAGAGUAAUUUAACAUGAUCAGUGUUCUUUGAAAAGUGAUACUCAAAGCAUAAUGAGAUUGUUUAUCAAUGUGAUUCUACAAGUCUUUAUAUGUGUUUAACAUCAAAUCCUUUGUUAUGAACCCAGCAUUCUUUAACAUUAAUCAUAGUGAGUGAGUAUUCAAUCAGACUCCUUUACUAGCCAAAGAAUAAGUUGGAUCAAACAAUCAGGGAUCUUUAAAGUCUUCUCUCAGGAAGCUGCAGCUGGAGAUCAGGGACCCCUCUUUUCUUUCCUCACACCUUAGAAACACUCCCAGUUUGAAGAGUAUAAAACCAGUAAAGUUGGGGUGCUCUCUUGCUUGCGUUUACUCUUGCCCUUUUGCUCUUGCUUUUCCCUCUUUUUUUUCUUUUGUUUCCGCUAAGUUACCUCUUAGCUUGUUUUCUCUUUGCCUUACUUUUUCCUUAGUCUUCUAAGUUUUCCACCACGUGUUCAUUCACGUUGUUUGAUUUUUCUUGAACAUCAUCUUGGUUCAAGUUGUGAAACUAUAACUUUUUGUGCGCAUAGCAAUUCGAGAUUAAGCCUUUUAAUUGAUUUUUCUUUAAUUUCGCAAAGUUAAUUUUGAAAUAGUUUCAACUGGUCAUCAAGCCUCUCUUCCUUGGUUAUCUGUGUGAUUGCCAAGUCAACUCUGAAUGCCACCCAGCAGGCCCAAAGUCCUCCUCUGAGCCAGAGUGUUGCAGUGAGACCAAAAGAGCAUCCAAAGGAUGAAUAAGGCGCUGGUUUUUGUAUUCAGGCCUGUGUGCUGUGACUUCUGGCCUGUCCCUCUGACUUUGGUCCUCUUCAGAGCUGAACCUCUCGAACCGGUAGCCUGGACCUUUCAUGAUAUGAAAAACAAACUCAGCAAGGAUGUAGAUAUGUUUCCCAUUGUAUUGUAUUACAAUACCAGUUUGCCAUCAUAUAACUUCGGACUACUAGAGUCAGGCUGUGGUUUUCUCUGUCAUCUGCAGGACUCAGACAAGGCCUCAAAUACUCAGGUGAGUCAGAAGCUGCUGGAGGUCCUUGAGAGAAACACCCCUGAGGGAGCAGACUCCGCCCUUAGAGGGUCUAUGGAGUCGAGAAGUGGAGAACAGAAACAGACCUCCGACCCAGAAUCAGACAGGUACUGCUUCACUCUCCAGCGGAUCCUCUCUGCUAAGUAAACAUGAUGAUAGCAGCUCUGUGUAGGAGCAGCUCAGCAGUAUGAAAUCAGGGGUUAUGAGUGAAAGGAGGGUCACAGUCAUUCCUGCUCCUUCUGACCUCUUUUUUAAGACUCUGCACUGGUGACAGUCAUAUCUUAAGGCUUUUCACAUUUAUGUGUCUGUGAAUGAUAUAAAUAAAUAUAUCCCAGGGAUGACGUGAUGAAGGCUCUAUCAGGAGCCCAUGAAUUUUUGCAUGAUUCCUGAUCUCAUAUAACUAAUCUUCAUUAAUUAUUCAUGAACAGCCAAGCCUCUUACCUCCUCUAUUUUAUAAUGUAAUUAAGUACACAUUGCUUACAGGAGAUUAUCCUGUGCUGCUGUCAGCUGUUUGUUUUUCUUCAAACCAGAAGGAUUUAAAUAUGGUCAAAUGAAUUGUCUCCAAAACCACUGAGGUAGCAUAAGAGCACCUGUAUACCAAAGACCAGAACAAAGGUGGGGUAACUUACUGGUUUCUCCCUGUCACCCUGUCCCACCCCUACAGAGAAGAGACCCUGAACCUCUCCUCAGAUCCAGUGUUCCUGUUGGCUCGCUUCAGGCCUGGAGACUUCAGCCUUUUACCUCGACCCAAGUGGGACCUGAGCCCCCUCAAGGACAGGUGCUUGGUGAACCUGCACUCAGCUGCCUCUCAGCAGGUGAGGUUUCAGUUUGGACAUCCAGGUGUCUGUCUGCAGGGGGCGGUGUUCACACAUGAGAGUAAUUAGAAAUGUCCACUCUAAUUUUGAUAUGUCUUCCAUUCCUGAAUUUCUCCCAUUGGAAUUCAUUUACAGUUCAAUAAUACUCAAGAUAAGAUGACAGGUGGAGUAUUCACAGUAUUUCUUGGUUGCUAAAACACUAAACCCUAUAGAAAUAGUUUUCUUUCUUCUUUUAUCUCAGACAUGUAAUCUCUUUCACGUACCUUGACAUGUUUUGGCGGAAGCUUCCGUCUUCCUCAGAGGUGUCACAUGUCACGCCUCUGUAACAUCAGCUGAUAUAUGACGCGUCACACCUACCACCAAGUGACAUUUCUGAGGAAGGCAGAGGGUUCCGCCGAAACAUGUCAAGGUACGUGAAAAAGUGUACAUGUCUGAGAUAAAAGAAAUAAAACUAUUUCUAAGAAAAUGUAGAUAUAAUGAACAUCAUUCAACUACUCAACCCUAUAGUCUGAAUCAAAUGCACAGCGGCCUGAACCCCCUUAGUGAAUCAGUCACUCUUUCGGCAAAACCAUAAGCACUUGCAAAGCAAGCACAACUUGCAAAUGCAUUCUCACGAAAACACAUUUUGCACUGUGAUGCACCUGGUUUGCAUAAUGGUACAUACAGGUAGCAAAAGUUGAUCACAUUUGAAGCACAGGUGUCAGAGCUUAAACACAACAACUCAAAACUGAUCAUGCUUUUGGCUAAUGAUGUAAUGAAAUCUAUAUAAGCCUGUUCAGACGGGUUUUUCCCUGCCGCCUGGCCAGGGAGAAUGUGGCCUGUAAUGUGGAUGAAUUCCUGAGGCCUGACCCAGCAUGAAGCCAUGAUGCUGUGGCUGAAUGAUUGUAGUUACUGAACGCACUUGAGUUUGAGUUUGAUAUGGUGGUUUGCUGUAGUGUGCUCUUAAUUUAUAUUUGUUUUGACUUUAUUUUUGUGCUAAUAGUUUUGAGAAAAGCAUGGUGGAUGUCAGGAAAUGUGUUUUAGCAAUUGAGAACAACUGUAAACCCUGGUUUUCUCCCAGGUGGUUCAUGUCUGAUUUUGGCAGAUUUUUAUGAUCAUUGAAAAACUGAAAUAUUUUCAUUCAUUCACUCCAACCUUUAUUGAAUUGUUCAAAUCAAUCAUGUCACAGAUUGAAAUGAUCUCUUUAGGAUGGAAACAUUUUUCUAUAACUGCUGAACUGAUAACUCAGCAAAAGAUCAUCUUUUGAAGUAAAUGGUUGUUUUGUGUUCUCAGGAGGUUCCCACUCAUCCUGAGAGGAAACAAACAGAAACCUCUUCCUCUGCAGACUGCUGAACCAAACCAUAAAAAAGACAGAAAGGUGAUUUUUGGGACAACACAACUUUUCAAAAUAAAGGUUUAAGUCACUUCAUCCCUGCUGCUGUUAUGGAACUAUUAAAAUAACCGCAAACUUUAGAUGAGAGCAAA